AUGGCGGACACAGUUAUCCAGCCCAAGCAAGAGGAGGUCAAUGCCGGAAAUAUGGAGCUCAAGGACAACACCAUCAUUGUUGUUUUGGGCGCCUCCGGUGACCUAGCCAAGAAGAAGACUUUCCCAGCGCUCUUCGGUCUCCACCGAAACGGCUUCCUCCCAAACAACAUCCACAUUGUCGGAUAUGCACGCACGAAGAUGGACCGUGAGGAGUACCUCAAGCGCGUCAAGUCUUACAUCAAGACCCCCACAAAGGAAUUGGAGAAGCAGCUAGAUGAGUUCUGCGAGUUCUGCUCGUACGUUUCGGGCCAGUAUGACCAGGAUGAGUCUUUUGUUGGACUCGAGAAGCACAUGCAGGAGAUUGAGAAGGGUCGCAAGGAGAACAACAGGAUAUUCUACAUGGCUCUCCCUCCCAGCGUCUUCAUCACAGUGUCCCAGCACUUGAAGCGCAACUGCUACCCCAAGAACGGCAUUUCUCGUGUUAUUGUUGAGAAGCCCUUCGGCAAGGACCUUCCAAGUUCGAGAGAGCUCCAGCGCGCAUUGGCGCCAGACUGGACUGAGGACGAGCUUUACCGUAUUGACCAUUACCUGGGUAAGGAGAUGGUCAAGAACAUCCUGAUUCUCCGGUUCGGUAACGAGUUCUUCGGCGCAACCUGGAACAGGAACCACAUCGACAACGUCCAGAUCACCUUCAAGGAGCCGUUCGGAACCGAAGGUCGUGGAGGUUACUUUGACGAGUUCGGCAUCAUUCGUGAUGUUAUGCAAAACCACUUGCUCCAAGUUCUUACUCUCCUCGCUAUGGAGCGACCCAUCUCCUUCUCUGCCGAAGACAUCCGUGACGAAAAGGUCCGCGUCCUCCGUGGUAUGGCCUCUAUCGAGCCCAAGAACGUCAUCAUUGGACAGUAUGGAAAGUCGCUGGACGGCCAGAAGCCAGGCUACAAGGAGGAUGAUACAGUCCCCAAGGACUCGCGAUGCCCCACUUUCGCAUCUAUGGUCGCUUACAUCAAGAACGAGCGAUGGGACGGUGUACCCUUCAUCCUGAAGGCAGGAAAGGCUCUCAACGAGCAGAAGACCGAGGUCCGCAUCCAGUUCAAGGAUGUCACCUCUGGAAUCUUCAAGGACAUUCCACGAAACGAGCUCGUCAUCCGAGUGCAGCCCAACGAGAGUGUUUACAUUAAGAUGAAUUCCAAGCUGCCCGGUCUCAGCAUGCAGACUGUCGUCACAGAACUCGACCUUACCUACAGGCGGCGAUUCUCCGACCUGAAGAUUCCUGAGGCAUACGAAUCGCUCAUUCUCGACGCAUUGAAGGGCGACCACUCCAACUUCGUCCGUGACGACGAACUCGAUGCCAGCUGGAGAAUCUUCACACCUCUCCUGCACUACCUUGACGACAACAAGGAGAUCAUCCCUAUGGAGUACCCAUACGGCUCCCGUGGCCCUGCCGUUUUGGACGAUUUCACCUCUUCUUACGGAUACAAGUUCAGCGACGCAGCAGGAUACCAAUGGCCCAUGAACGAGCAAAAGUUAUUGAGUUGUCACAUCCCUCCCCCGAACCACCUCCGCAACCACCUCCGCGCACACACCAUGAGUCCCGCACAAGACAUUGCCGGCAGCGGCAUCAGCCAACUCGCACGUCAAGUGUCCAACAGCCUCAACCUCAGCACCAGUCCAAACCUCUCCUUCCACAGCCCGCCCUCGACAUUUCGCCAACCACCAGGCGGCAGCUUCAACAGCCAAAAUCAAACCAACAGCUCGCAUGCGCAACAGCUCGCCAAGCAAUUAAAGCCUUUCGAUACCAAGGACAUCAAGGUCCUGCUCCUCGAAAAUGUCAACGAAGCGGGUGUCGAGAUUCUCAAGGGCCAGGGAUACCAGGUCGAGGCCAUCAAGGCCAGUCUGGCAGAAGACCAGCUGAUUGAGAAGAUUCGCGAUGUCCACGUCAUUGGGAUUCGCUCAAAGACGAAGCUCACCAAGAAGGUGCUGGAGGAGGCAAAGAACCUCAUCGUCAUCGGCUGCUUCUGUAUCGGAACAAACCAGGUCGACCUCCAGACUGCCGCCAGCCAGGGUAUCGCCGUCUUCAACUCGCCCUUCAGCAACUCGCGCUCCGUCGCAGAACUCGUCAUCUCCGAGAUCAUCGCGCUCGCCCGUCAGCUCGCCGACCGCUCGAUGGAAUUACACAACGGCACAUGGAACAAGGUCAGCAAGGGCUGCUGGGAGAUUCGCGGUAAGACGCUGGGUAUAGUCGGAUACGGUCACAUUGGUAGCCAACUGAGUGUGCUGGCUGAGUCCAUGGGCAUGAGCGUCAUCUACUACGACGUUCUUACUACAAUGGGUCUGGGAACUGCGCGACAAGUAGCAACGCUCGACGACCUACUCGCACAAGCAGACUUUGUCUCUCUUCACGUUCCGGCUACCUCUGAGACCAAGAACCUGAUUGGCAAAGAACAGUUCGCAAGGAUGAAGGACGGCAGCUAUCUCAUCAACAACGCCCGUGGUACUGUUGUCGACAUUCCCGCCAUGAUCGAGGCCAGCCGCUCUGGCAAACUCGCAGGUGCCGCCAUCGACGUCUUCCCCAACGAACCCGCCGGCAACGGCGACUACUUCUCCAGCGACCUCAACUCCUGGACCAAGGACCUCGUUGGUCUGAAGAACAUCAUCCUCACUCCUCACAUUGGUGGCAGCACCGAAGAAGCGCAGUCCGCCAUUGGUGUCGAAGUCAGCACAGCACUCGUCCGCUACGUCAACGAGGGUACCACGCUCGGAGCCGUCAACUUGCCAGAAGUCAACCUACGUAGCUUGACUCUCGACCAACCAGACUGCAUGCGUGUCAUUUACAUUCACAAGAACGUGCCGGGUGUGUUGAGACAAGUCAACGGCAUCCUUCUCCACCACAACAUCGAGAAGCAAAUGUCCGAUUCAAGAGGCGAUGUCGCGUACCUCAUGGCGGAUAUCAGUGAAGUCAAGGAGGGCGAGAUUAGGGAUUUGUUUACCAGCUUGGAGGAACUUUCUUCAUGUAUCCGUACCAGGGUCCUGUACUAG